CUCGGUUCUUUUUCUUUUUUCAAAAUUGAGAAACACGCCGGAGACCCAUUUCGCUGCAGUUCUUGCACAAGUAGCAAAAAAAUGCCAAUCACGAUGGUGCUGCACCUAUUUACUCUCAUACCAACAACAAGAAACCACGGCGCCAACGAAGAACCCUGCUUCUCUUUCCCUGCCUCCCCUCACCUUCACGAGGGAAUGGGUGGCUGAGCAAUUGGAGGAGUUUCUGGAGGCGGAGGUAUCUUUCGUAAAAGCGUUCUUCCCGACGCCGCAGGGUCAUCAAGAUGGAAACUCUGCAACACAAAUACGUUCAAUCUUGGGAGUCACGCAUGUCAAAGCUUUGAUCUGUACGACUAGUCAUCAAGUGCCGAGUACUAGCUGCUAGGAGGGCCGCAUCAAAAAGACGCGCACUUAUCCUGUGUGCCGCAUUUUUACAAUCUUUUACAAAUUCCGAAACACAAGUAGAAGUGGCUCUCUUGGGGAUGCGCAUUACAAGUCGAUUCUUGUAUAUGCAAAUCUGCAUGACAACUCUGGUUUGGGGACGUUUUUAUUCAGGAUACGAGGAGCAGACGAGAGACCAGUUGUUUGAGGAGUUCUAUUGUGAGGAAAAAUCCCCCCUCACCAUACUGAAGCGGUAUGCAGCUUCUAAAAAUUUGUCAUGCUGAUUUGUGACCACAACUCCGGUCUCUCUUGCAAGAGGGCAAAUCCAAAGAAUCCGUGGUAUUUUUAUGCAGGGUUGUUUGUAAUUAUGCUGUUGCGGCUACAACUACAUGGCAGGCCUCUGCUUUGCUAAGUGUCUACAGUUGUAAAACACCCCAGCGCGGCAACAAAAUGAGGCUCUAGCACCUGCAGCGUCUCAUUGCAAGACAGAGCGGAUUUGAUGUGUACACAAAUCCAGCACCAGAAGUUUCCGCUUCUAUUAUAUUGGGAGGGGGGGCUUUUCAUUUUGAUGAGUUCUGUAUCGACGUUAUCACCAAGGCAAAGCGGUCGCUGGGAUUCGACCUACCCGUCCGCGAACGGUUGCUGCGGGCGUAUUUGGGAAGCAGCGGGGGAGCAACAAGUACAAGUAGUGGGCCGAACAAGGGCGGUGCUUACCUGGUUCCACACGGAAGGAAGCCACUACUGCAACAACCAGAAACUACUGCUGGUGCAGGCGGAGUAGUUGGUCCAGUGCUGACGCUGAGCAAUUCGCUCUCAACGUUUCUGCAGGCACUGAUCAUUGGAUGUUUCAUCGAAAGUCUCGAGUGCGGUUUGGAAACUGGUGCGGAAGUGGUCAGAAGUGUGGUGACGAGGUUUAUUUCAUCUUUUUCUGCAGCUGGUAUCGGGCUGAACUGCGGUCAAGGAAUGAUCACAUCAGAAGUAGAAGAUGACGGAAUUUUGAAAAACGGUUCAAUUUCUCCACUCCGCGAGGACGGUAGUGGAACGAAACAUCAACAAGAAGUAGAGAGAGAAACUUGCCUUGCAGGCGGAGGAACUCCGGCUCGUCGGAACAAGCACGGGACGAACACCAACGGCGCGGCGGCCGAACCUCCGCAGGAGGUGCGCUAUGACCAGGAGCAAGCUUACGCGGUGUUCUGCUUCACCCUGUACAUGUUCUUGAAACGCAUACAGCAGGCGACUUCGGCUAAUGGAAGUGGGAGCGGCGGCGGAGAUGCCAGCACGGGGAAUAGUACAACCAAUGAUCAUCGAGGAACGGACAAACAGAUCUUUCACCUCCUUGUCAAAAUACAGGAAAUUGUGUUAAUCGGCCUUGAAGAUUUAUUUUCCAGCACAAACAACCUGCCCGCAGCCACAUCAACUACGCAACAAGCGGAUUUGAAGAUUUUCCCUCAUUCCACCGUGCUUGCGUUUUCGCACGACAAAGAGCUGUUUUUACCUCGCGAAGGUAAUGGCACGGGGUCACCGGCGUCGCAUAUCGAAAGGAAAAAUCCCUCCUCCCCAUAUCAAAACGAAGUUUGUGAUGCUGGAUCUGCGUACUUGCUGGAGAGGACUGCAAGCCUACAGCAAGCCUGAGUAGGGAGGUUUUGGCCUAGGCGCUUAGCAUGGAAAACGUCUGUGCUGUAGGUCCAACAGCAGCAUCGUUACAAACCGCCCGCAUAAUGCGGCGAAGCCUGUGCUGGGCAACCUUAGUGCAAGACAGACGCGAUUUCUCUGGCCACAAAUCAGCAAAGCGCAAAGCUCCUUCGGGGACGUACCUUGUCAAUAUGGGCGGAGGGGGGUUGUUUCCUCGCGAUAUCGCACGACAGUAGUGGUUAUGAACUGCAAAAGUAUCGUACUCGUAUAAAGGCAUUACAAAUCUCCUCAGCAUGAGAGAGAAAAUUUGUAAUGCGGAUGUACCUUAAGCAAAGGAUUUGUAAUGCAAGAUGACUUGCAUUUAUACGAGUGCGAUACUUUUGCACAUGAUAGCGGUCUGACCUCGUACUUAUCCGAGGAGGAUAUCAGGGAUGUGCUGGAUUUAUCAAGUGCAAAAAUGUCUGGGUCUGGAAGGUUCUGAGACUUGUCAUGCAAAUUUCGCAUGAGCCAUGAUGUCUGUGAUGCAUGCCCUAGCAUCAGAGUUUUUUUGAGGGCUUCUUGAUGCCUAUUCCGCAUGACAAAUGCCCUCUUCCCGUAGCAAAAAUCGCACUCCCUUCGCUGGUCAUGGCAAUGAUCAUUGGGAGCAGCAGAGCGCAGCAGGACCCCGAUGCAUUUCCCCUGUUUUAGCUUAGAAAUACGCAGUGCGCCGAGUAUGCCACUACCUCGACCCCUCAAGAAAAGAAGUAGCCCCCCCAACUACAAACUCGCCGUCCGCGAUCAGGAUGCGAUGCGUACUAACCAACAUUGUGCGAACCGAGAUCCCGCGGGGCACAGGGUCUGGGCGGCUCGAAGCAGAACGCGCAGCACAAGCGGGAGACAACACAUCCAAAGGUGGGGAUGGUCUCAGGUCGUUCUUUCAGGUUCGCCAGGGGUUGCGUCUCGCUAUCAGGGUUUCGCCAACUCCGCGGGGGCGUUGCGGGUAUCUCCCUAAAACACCAAAACCGGCACAAAUUGGGCCGGCAGUCCGGGUAAUUGCUCACCAGCCGGCUUGUAUGGCGAAUAAGGUGCUCGACGAAGGAAGAAGUAAGCAUGUAAUUAGCACCUCCGGUUGGUAGAGCGAUCGGCUACCGAGGCAUGUCAGGGGGCGUCGCUACUUCAAUUCAAUUCCAAAGACAGCACUACAAGUUCCAACCUUCCAGACCCAGACACUUUUGCAUUUGAUAGGACUCGAUCGUUGAAGAGACCUCCGAAACGUCGCAUGUACAACAUGUGCGAUUAUCAAAUGCAAAAAUGUCUGGGUCUGGAAGGAUCCGAACUUGUCUUGCAGAUUUUACAUGGCCCGUGACGUCUGUGAUGUAUUCCCUGGCAUCACAGAUUUUCCGAGUGCUGCUCGAUGCCUAUUUCGCAUGACAAAUGGCGUCCCCGCGUAGCAGCAACUGGACUCCUCUUGCUGGUCAUGCAAUACAGAUUUUUCUAGAGUCCAAAGUUAGCAUCACAAGUUCCAACUUUCCAGACCCAGACAUUUUUACAUUUGAUAGCGAUCUGCUGUGAACAAUGAUCUUCACACGACGAGCAAAGACCAUAUGAAUUGCAAAUAUCCCUGGAUGUCUGGAAGAGUGCAACUUGUGAUGCGGCAUUUGAAUGCUAGAAAAUAAUCUGUAUUGCAUGAGCAGCAAGAGAAGUCAAAUUUGGCUACGCGAAGAGGGCAUCUGUCAUGCGGGAUGCGCAUCGAUGAUCCCUCAAAAAACCUGUGAUGCUAGGGCAUGCAUCACAGACAUCGUGGGUCAUGCAAAAUGUGCAUGACAAAACAAGCGCACUCUUCCAGACCCAGACAUGUUUGCAGUGCAAAGAGCACACAAGUGCUCCGGCGAGAACUGUCCGCGAUGUGUGGCAGAUUUGCCUGUCGAUCGCGAAGCACGGCGUUUCUUUUGAUUCUACUGCCGCUGACGCUCUCCACGACGAACGAAUUUGUCGGGUGAAUUUGCGCGUUUUCUGCCUCGCAAAACUCGCGAAACAUUUUCCCUGGAUCUGGAGUGACUUGCCCUGGAAAAAGUCGUUUCGGCUGAAGUGGUGUCAGGUUCUGUUGCAGGCGAGCGCAGAAGACGAGAACAGUGUUGUUGGAACCGGAGCGAGUCAAAUGGUAGUGAUGAACUAGUGACGCGUGGUGCGAGGUGGACGAUGAUGAAUUUGAUUGAGCAUUCUUUACUGGUGUUGAAAAAAUAUUUGGCCGCAAGUAGAGGAAAAUUUUGAGCUGGUGGUCGGUCCACCCCCACCCCGCAGAACCUGAAGAAGCUUUAUUUAGGAAAAAACUGUGAAUACUAAUACAAUUACAAAACAGCAUUUUAUCUACCGUUACGAUUUUUUUUAGCAAAACCAAAAAGACGUGGUCGUCUGCAGCAAAGUGAAGAAAUUUGAUAAAAGUCAAGACACGAUACUGGAUAAAGAAUUUGUCGUGAAGAAGAAACAAGUUUGAUGAAAACUAUUAACCCGAAGAAUUUUGCUAGAUACGGAAAUUAUUAUGAAUGGUAACUCAUGGACUGAGGUUUUUGCUUGUCGCAU